CCCGGGGCUCUGCUCAGCUGCUCCGCUCCCCAGGAGACCCAGGGGAGGCUCCAUGGCUUCUUCCAGCUCUCCCAAUCCAGCACACGCCCACUUCGAGAGCUUCCUGCAGGCCCAGCUGUGCCAGGAUGUGCUGAGCAGCUUUCGGGAGCUGUGCGGGGCUCUGGGCGUAGAGCCCGGGUGUGGGCUGCCCCAGUACCACAAGAUCAAGGCCCAGCUCAACUACUGGAGUGCCAAGUCGCUGUGGGCCAAGUUGGACAAGCGAGCCAGCCAGCCUGUGUACCAGCAGGGCCAGGCCUGCACCAGCACCAAGUGCCUGGUAGUGGGCGCUGGACCCUGUGGGCUGCGGGCUGCAGUGGAGCUGGCCCUGCUGGGCGCCCGAGUGGUGCUGGUGGAAAAGCGCACCAAGUUCUCUCGUCACAACGUGCUUCACCUCUGGCCCUUCACCAUCCAUGACCUGCGGGCACUGGGCGCCAAAAAGUUCUACGGGCGCUUCUGCACUGGCACCUUGGACCACAUCAGCAUACGGCAACUGCAGCUGCUUCUACUCAAAGUGGCGUUGCUGCUGGGGGUGGAAAUUCACUGGGGUGUCACUUUCACUGGCCUCCAGCCUCCUCUCAGAAAAGGCAGUGGCUGGCGUGCCCAGCUCCAACCCAAGCCCCCAGACCAACUGGCCAACUAUGAAUUCGAUGUCCUUAUCUCGGCUGCAGGAAGCAAAUUUGUUCCUGAAGGCUUCACAGUUCGAGAAAUGCGGGGCAAAUUGGCCAUUGGUAUCACAGCCAACUUCGUGAAUCGGCGGACGGCAGAGGAGACACAGGUGCCUGAGAUCAGUGGUGUGGCCCGGAUCUACAACCAGAAAUUCUUCCAGAGCCUGCUCAAAGCCACAGGAAUUGAUCUGGAGAACAUUGUCUACUACAAGGAUGACACCCACUACUUUGUGAUGACAGCUAAGAAACAGUGCCUGCUGAGGCUCGGAGUGCUCCGCCAGGACCGUCUGGAGACUGAGCAGCUGCUGAGCAGCGCCAAUGUGGUACCUGAGGCUCUGCAGCGCUUUGUUCGGGCAGCUGCUGACUUCGCCACCAACGGCAAGCUGGGGAAGCUAGAGUUUGCCCAGGACGCCCGUGGGCGGCCUGACAUCUCUGCCUUCGACUUCACAAGCAUGCUGCGGGCAGAAUGUUCCGCUCGUGUGCAAGAGAAGCAUGGUGCGCGCCUGCUGCUCGGCCUGGUCGGGGACUGCUUGGUGGAGCCCUUCUGGCCGCUGGGCACUGGAGUAGCCCGGGGCUUCUUGGCAGCCUUUGAUGCAGCCUGGAUGGUGAAGCGGUGGGCAGAGGGCACUGAGCCCCUAGAGGUGCUGGCUGAGCGUGAGAGUCUGUACCAGCUUCUAUCACAGACGUCCCCGGAAAACAUGCACCGCAACGUGGCCCAGUAUGGGCUGGACCCAGCCAGCCGCUACCCCAACCUGAACCUCAAGGCUGUAACCCCCAACCAGGUGCGAGACCUGUAUGAUGUGGUGGCCAAGGGACCUGUGCCAAAGAAGAAUGACAAGCCUAACAGAGGGAAUCCGACCACUGGGUCAGCAGGUACCCAAGAGGAGCUGCUACAUUGGUGCCAGGAAAAGACGGCUGGGUACCCAGGAGUCCACGUCACCGACUUGUCUUCCUCCUGGGCUGAUGGGCGAGCCUUGUGUGCCCUGGUGCACCGGCUGCAGCCCAGCCUGCUGGGACCCUCAGAGGUGCAGGAUAUGGGGGCUCUGGAAGCGACCACCUGGGCACUGAGGGCAGCUGAACAUGAGCUGGGCAUCACACCCGUGGUGUCCGCACAAGCCGUGGUGGCGGGCAGUGACCCCCUGGGCCUUAUCGCCUACCUCAGCCACUUUCACAGUGCCUUCAAGAACACCCCCAACAGCCCAGGUCCAGUCAACCAGGGCUCUCCUGGGACUUCCAGUGCGGUGUUAUUCCUUGGCAAACUCCAGAGGACGCUGCAACGCACCCGGGCCAAGGAGAACAGCGGGGAUGCUGGCGGCAAGAAGCCUCGCUUGGAGGUAGAGGCUGACACCCCAAGGACUGAGGAGCCGCCUGCACCAGAGUCCAGGGGUCCCCUGGUACCCCCACCCCAACAGCAGGAGGAAUCUGUGCAGGCUGAUGCCAGGGGCCUGUGUGCCCUUUGUGGGGAGCACCUCUACAUCCUGGAGCGCUUCUGCGUAGACGGGCACUUCUUCCACCGGAGCUGCUUCCGCUGCCAUGCCUGUGAGGCCACACUGUGGCCAGGUGGCUACGGGCAGCACCCAGAUGGGCAUUUCUACUGCCUCCAGCACCUGCCUGGGACUGACCACAAAAAGGAUAUCAUGGAUGGAGGCUCCACCAGUCCUGAACUCCCCACCCCAGAUGCAAAUAGCGUGCCACCAGGCCCCUUGACUCCCACAGCCCCUCAGGAGGAGGCCAGUCCCAUCCCAUGCCCCAGGCAGCCUGCCCGUCGGCUGAUCCGUCUCUCCAGCCCAGAACGCCAGCGGCUCUCCUCUCUCGACAUUAACCCCAGCCCAGAAAUGGAGCCGCCACCCAAGCCCCCUCGAAGCUGCUCAGCCUUGGCACGAGAGGCCCUGGAGGGCAGCUUUGUGGGCUGGGGUAUGCCAGCCCGGAGUCUGCCUGUUUUUGAGGCCAUGGAAGAGGAAGAGAGUUCCUCUGACAAUGAAGAGGAGGAUGAUGAUGAUGAGCCUUUGGACCCAGACUUGGAGCAGGCCCUGCAGACGAUGGCCAAGAAUGCAGGCACCAUGGACAAAUACCCAACGUGGCGUCGGACUCUGCUGCGCCAUGCUAAGGAGGAGGAGAUGAAGAGGUUCUGCAAGGCUCAGACUAUCCAGCGGCGACUAAAUGAAAUUGAGGCUGCUCUGCGGGAGCUGGAGGCUGAGGGUGUGAAGCUGGAAUUGGCCUUGAGGAGCCAGAGCACUUCCCCAGAACAGCAAAAGAAACUCUGGUUAGAACAGCUGCUACAGCUGGUUCAGAAGAAAAACAGCCUGGUGGCCGAGGAGGCUGAGCUCACGAUUACGGUACAGGAACUGGACCUAGAGGAGAAGCAGUGGCAGCUGGACCACGAGCUGCGAGGUUACAUGAACCGGGAAGAAACCCUGAAGACAGCGGAGGACCGUCAGGCUGAGGACGAGAUCCUGAGGAAGCUGGUGGAGGUCGUGAACCAGCGGGAUGCCCUCAUCCGCUUCCGGGAGGAGUGCAGGCUCAGUGAGCUGGCCUGAGCCACAGGGCCCUGGCUGGAAGAGGCCGGGCUGCUCGCCUUCUCCCUGCAGGCUGGGCUCGUGCCAGGACACUGCCACCCCAACUCAUUGGGCUGCCUCAAAGGGGGCCUCUGUUCACAAUAAAAGUACUUCUGCCACAAA